CACGUUGUCUCCACAAGGACCAACUACGACACCAUUCAAAACUCAAAGGACCCAAUAUGAAAAACUCCAAACCCAUGUUUUCGAAAGCGAGAAAAAAGGGGGAACAUGGGCGAUAGGAGCAGUAACCGUCUUAACCGUCACUACACCCCCCACAAACACACACACACACUUCCACCCUCUAAAUAUUACACAACACACACACACACACAUCCCCAGAAUCUAGAAACAAUAAUCGAGUGUGUGCAGUUGGAAAAGUGUAUGGAAACGAGAAAGAGAAAAGUGUACGAUGAAAUGGGGGAGAUUAAGAAAGGCCCAUGGAAAACUGAAGAAGAUGAAGUUCUUAUGAAGCAUGUUAAGGACUACGGGGCCAAAGAGUGGAGCUCCAUUCGAUCCAAAGGUCUUCUGCAGCGAACCGGGAAGUCGUGUCGCCUUCGUUGGGUUAAUAAACUUCGACCCGAUCUUAAAAGUGGUGUGAAGUUUUCUGCAGAAGAGGAGAGAACGGUGAUCGAAUUGCAGGGGCAAUUUGGGAACAAAUGGGCAAGAAUCGCGACGUAUUUGCCGGGAAGAACAGACAAUGAUGUCAAGAAUUUCUGGAGUAGCAGACAAAAGAGAUUGGCUCGGGUUCUUCAGUCACCGCCUCGACCACAACCGCCACAAAAAUCCCGCAAAUUGGUCCGGGAAACGCCUGUCCUUCAUAAAGUUCCACCCUUUGAGGCUCCAAAAAGAAGUUCUUCAACAGAUGGAGAGUCAUCAGUAACUUCACCAAAAACAUUAUCUUGUUCAUCAUCUUACUGUGAACCUAUCAAGAUGAUGCCACUGCCUGAACUUAUUGAUCCCACCCCCACCACCACUGCAGCCGCCACCGCCGCUGCAGGCUUGCUUAGCCAGGAUGAAAACCAACCACCGUGUCCAUUCGAGUACACCACCAUUCCCAUUGAGGAAAACUCUUGUAACCAGCCACCUUUACUACAAGAUUUCCAUCAUAUUCCGCCACCUUUCGACACCCAUGACAUUUUCAACCAGCUGGCAGACCCCAAUUUCUUUGCUGUUUUUGGCCAAAGUGGUACUUCUGAUAUGGUCCACUUCCCUUAUAUGCCACCAGGUGGUGAAGGAGAGAGUGGUGGGAGCUGUGGAAGGGAAGAGGGCAAUGAUCCGAUAAUGAUGGCACCCGAUACGUUCAUUGAUGAUUUUCCGAUGGAUAUGUUUGAUAACAUCGAGCCGCUUCCGAGCCCAUCUGAGUGGUGAUGUGGGAGCUAGCUAGAAUUAGGUGUUGUUGUUCUUGGUGUUAUGGACAAAUUUUACUUUCUUAGAUGAAUGAUGUUGGUUAUGGCAGAAUCUUUAUGCAAUUUGGACUAAUUUACAUUUA